AUGGAAGAAGAUCAAGAAAAGUAUUUGGAAGAUGCUCGUAAGGUUGUCAAAGAACAAGCUUAUUUUAUGAGGGCUUCAUUGGAAAAGGCUCAAUUAAAAGAUGCUUUGAGAUAUUCUUCAGCAAUGUUGAGUGAAUUGAAGACAUCACUUUUGAGUCCAAGAAAUUAUUACAUCUUGUUUAUGUAGGUCUUCGAUGAGAUGCGUAUAUUGGAGAAUUACUUCAAAGAAGAGUAUAGAAGAGGAAGGAAGAUGCCAGACUUAUAUGAAUCUGUUUAGCAUGCCACAUACGUCAUUCCACGUUUAUAUCUACUAAUCACAGUCGGAUCUGUGUUCAUAUAAACUCAUGAAAUCGGAGCCAAAGUGAUCCUCCUUGACUUAUUGGAGUGUAUUAAGGCCAUCUAACAUCCAUUGAGAGGAUUGUUUAUUAGAUAUUAUUUCUUGAAAUUAUGCAAAGACAGACUUCCAGACACAGGCUCUGAAUACGAAGGCACAGGAGGAAAUAUAGAUGAUGCCAUUGAAAUCAUUAUAAGAAACCUAUCAGAGAUGAACAAAUUAUGGAUUAGAAUGUAAGGAUCAAAAGACAAAUCAAAGAGAGAAAGGGAAAGACUCGAUCUCAAAGUAACCAUUGGAGAGAAUGUUACCAGAUUAAGCAAUUUGGAAGGUGUUUCAUUGGACACCUAUAAAACAAAGGUCUUACCAAAAAUCAUUGAUAUCAUAACAAGCAGCAAGGAUGCUAUAUCCCAAACAUACUUGAUGGAUUGCACAAUUCAAGCAUUUCCAGAUGAGUAUCAUUUGCAAACACUUUAAGAACUUUUGAAGGUUUGUACAACUCAAUUAGAACCAACAGUGGAUAUCAAAAACAUAUUCAUCAAUCUUAUGGGUAGAUUGGCUGAUUUUGCAUUGAAUAAUGAUAUGGGCACAUUCAAUUCCGAAGUGGAUAUUUAUAGUAUGUUCAAAUAAAAUAUUGACAAAAUGUUAGAUUCUAACAGUCAAAUUGAAUUCAAAAAUCUUUUAGAUUUAUAAGUGGCUUUCCUCAAUUUCACAUUAAGAUGUUAUCCCAACAAUUCAGAAUACGUUAAUGACAUUCUUAAAUCUUGUUGUAGAUUAUGCGAAAGAUAAAACGAAACAGAUUUCACAGAAGAGUGCUAAAAAAAUAUUGUUAAGUUUCUUGCCAUGCCUUUGGAUACCAUGAGCUUAUCCAUUCUUACAAUGAAUGAGUAUCCAAAUCUUAUGAAACAUCUUCCAUUCUAAAAAAGAAGACAAGUCGCGAUUAAGAUUUGUUAGGCUGUGGUUAAUUUGAAUUAAGUAAUUGACGAUUUAAAGAUCACUGGAGAAUUACUCAAAUUCAUUUAGCCACUCUUAAUUACAUAGAAUGAUUAUGUUGAAAUCCCAGAAAAUGAAUUUGAAGAAGAACAAUAAUUAGUGGCUAGAACUGUUCAUCUAGUUCAAAAUGGAGAUUUAGCAAUUCACAACACUAUCUUACAAUAAUUCAUAGCCAAAUUCUAACAAGGAGAAAUCAACAGAUAAAAGUAUACAUAUCCUGCAGCCAUUUUUGCAUUGUUUAGAUUGAUUUAAUUGAUAGCCGCUUAAGGAGGACCAUAAACAUAAGAAACAUAAUAUAAGGGGUUAUUUGAAUAAAUAAGAGGAUUGAUCGAAGUCUUACAAGGACACUUCCCUGAAUUAGCCUUGAAACUCAACCUAAACUUUUUGUUAUGCAUCAAUAUUGUUGAUUAGGCCUAAGAGUUUGAUGAAUUCUCAUACGAUGUUGGAACUCAAAUUAUCACCAUAUUUUAAGAUGAAAUUGGAGAUUCUAAUGUGAAGGUGGUGUUAUUAAAUCAAAUUAUGUCCACCUUUGCUAAGUUAAAUUGUAUCAGUGGUGAAAACUUUGAUACUCUUGCUGGAAAUGCCACACAAUAAGCUGCCAAACUAUUAAAGAAGAAUGAAUAAGCAAUUGGUGUCUUGAAUUCGGCUCAUAUGUUCUACAAUGAUCACAUUAAAAAUGUUUAGAGAGUUCAAGAAUGCUUCAAGAAAGCCAUCAAAAUAGCCAAUCAAAGUAUUGGCAACAACCCAAAGUUUGUAUAUGUUUUUAUUUAAAUCUUGAAUAAAUAUUUCUACUUCUUUGAAUAAGUUGAGUUCAAAGAUGCAGAAAUCUAGGAAGUUAUUAAAAUGAUCAAUGAGAAACUACCCAAAGCAUUAUCAGAUAAUGAUGAAUAAUCCAAAAAGAUUAAAAUCUUAUGGACUGCUACAUAGGAACUUGUCAGAGAAAGAAAGAGAAGGUCAAUCUAAGCCUAUCAAUAGAUAAACAUUUGAGUAUGAUAUGAACCGAAUACCAAUAAAUAUAUUCUUAAUUUUCAAA